GCGCGGCGCUCGGUUGAAGCGGGAGUGAGUUCCUGGGCUAGGCGACCGGGCGGCUGAGGGGACCGGGCGAGCGCGCGCCUCCUGUGUCCGCCAUGGCGGCUCUGCGCUACGCGGGCCUUGAGGACACGGACAGCGAGGACGAGCUGCCCCCGGGCUGGGAGGAGAGAACCACCAAGGACGGCUGGGUGUACUAUGCCAAUCACACUGAGGAGAAGACUCAAUGGGAGCAUCCGAAAACUGGAAAAAGAAAACGCGUAGCAGGAGAUUUGCCGUAUGGAUGGGAACAAGAAACCGAUGAGAACGGACAAGUGUUUUUUGUUGAUCAUAUAAAUAAAAGAACCACCUACUUGGACCCAAGACUGGCAUUCACUGUGGAUGAUAAUCCAACAAAGCCAACCGCCCGGCAGAGAUACGACAGCAGCACCACUGCCAUGGAAAUCCUCCAGGGCCGGGACUUCACUGGCAAGGUGGUCGUGGUAACUGGAGCUAAUUCAGGAAUAGGGUUUGAAACUGCCAAGUCUUUUGCCCUCCAUGGUGCACAUGUGAUCCUGGCCUGCAGGAAUAUGGCAAGAGCCAGCGAGGCGGUGGCACGCAUUUUAGAAGAAUGGCAUAAAGCCAAGGUAGAAGCAAUGACCCUGGACCUCGCUCUGCUCCGUAGCGUGCAGCAUUUUGCUGAAGCGUUCAAGGCCAAGAAUAUGUCUCUUCAUGUGCUUGUGUGCAAUGCAGCAGCUUUUGCUCUGCCCUGGAGCCUCACAAAGGAUGGCCUGGAAACCACCUUCCAAGUGAAUCACCUGGGGCACUUCUACCUUGUCCAGCUGCUUCAAGAUGUUUUGUGCCGUUCGGCCCCUGCCCGUGUCGUUGUGGUGUCCUCUGAGUCUCAUCGGUUUACAGAUAUUAAUGAUUCCUCGGGAAAACUUGACUUUAGCCGCCUUUCUCCAUCAAAAAAUGACUAUUGGGCCAUGCUGGCAUACAACAGAUCCAAACUCUGCAACAUUCUGUUCUCCAACGAGCUACACCGCCGCCUCUCCCCUCGGGGUGUCACAUCGAAUGCGGUGCAUCCUGGGAACAUGAUGUACUCCUCCAUCCAUCGCAGCUGGUGGGUGUAUACACUGCUGUUCACCUUGGCACGGCCCUUCACCAAGUCUAUGCAACAGGGAGCCGCCACCACGGUCUACUGCGCCGCGGCGCCGGAGCUCGAGGGCCUCGGAGGGAUGUACUUCAACAGCUGCUGCCGCUGCACACCCUCGGCAGAAGCGCAGCGCGAGGAGACGGCCCGGGCGCUGUGGGCGCUCAGCGAGAGGCUGGUGCAGGAGCGCGUGGGCAGCCAGCCCCACUGAGGGCGAGCGCCGGACCCCUUCCCACCUCAGCAUCCCGCGGAUCCCCGUGGCCCGGUCGCGCGGGUGUGCACGAGAGAAGCGAGAGCCGCUGCCAUGAGUGGAACGUGCCAAGUACCAAUGGGAAACGGAGUUCCGGGGGAGGGGAGGGAAGAAAUCACUUUCCUGGGGCUGGGGUACCUGUGGGUCUUUGUGCUGCUGUGUUUGAAAGCGG